CUCUCUCACACACACAGACACGUCGAGCUGCCUGCACGCACCGCUCUGAUCACUCUCAUUGGUUUUGUAUCAGCUGAUCGGAGCGGGUUCGGCUCUGGGUUCGGCUCCGGGUCGGGCCCCCCUAUGCGGCUCUGGUUUGAUCCGGUUUCUUCUGGUUUGGGCUGUUUGUUCCGGAACUUUUCGGACUCUUCGGUUAGCUGUUAGCUGUUAGCCUCUCCGAGCUGCAGCGGAUCGAUUCUUCACUCGGAACCUUCAACCUCAUUGUCCCCGUUUCAGCCCGAACGGUGCCCCGGCUUCCCGACCCGGACUCUCGGCUCAGCUCCGGCCUGACAGGCUGUUCGGUUAGCGGAGUGGCUGAGCUGACAGGCUAGCUGUUAGCCUGAGCUAGCUGGUAGCAUGCCCGCGAUGCUGGAGAGGAACCCGGAGGGCAAGAGGAGAGGCCGAGCCCCAGGAGGAGGCCCCGGCGGCGCGAAGACCCUGUCCGGUAAUGGAACCAGCACCAACAGCUGCUGGGAAGAAGGAAGUUCAGGCUCGAGCAGCGACGACGAGCAUGGUGGAGGAGGGAUGCGGGUCGGACCGCAGUACCAAGCCGUGGUUCCGGACUUUGACCCGGAUGUGGCUCGGGCAGCUCAUCUCAGGGAGAACCUGGGGAUGCUGGUUUGGAUCCCCAACAGCUGCUUGAACCAGACUCAGUUGGAUGAGUACAUCGCCAUUGCCAAAGAGAAACACGGCUACAACAUGGAGCAGGCGCUGGGGAUGCUCUUCUGGCACAAACACAACAUCGAGAAGUCUCUGGCUGACCUGCCAAACUUCACUCCAUUCCCUGAUGAGUGGACGGUGGAGGACCGCGUGCUGUUUGAGCAGGCCUUCAGCUUUCAUGGGAAGAGCUUCCACCGGAUCCAGCAGAUGUUACCUGAUAAGUCGAUGGCCAGUCUGGUUCGGUUUUAUUACUCAUGGAAGAAAAGUCGCAGUAAAACCAGCCUGAUGGACCGCCAGACCCGGAAACACAAAAGAGAGCGAGACGACAGUGAUGAUGAAGUCGAGGAUGGGAAUGGAAAUUCUCCAAGUGACUUAGAGUUGGACGCAAAUAAAGAGGACAGGAAGGAGGUGAGUUCAGGAUCAGAGAAGUCGGAAGUGAAACCAGCUUCUAGUCUGAAGACAGGUGGGAAGGCGUCCCAGCGGAUGAAGAAACGCCCCCCCAGAGGAAUGUUUCUGAACCAACAGGACGUCGUUUCUCUGUCGUCCUCGUCGCCUCAGGGACUCAUCAGACAGCUCGACUCUCAGCUUGUCUCCAUUAAGAGACAGAUUCAGACCAUCAAACAGACCAACAGUGCUCUGAAGGAGAAGCUCGGCUCAGGGGUGGACGAGUUCAGGCUGACUGAGGUGAACCAGAAGUUCAACAACCGUUGGACCACAGAGGAACAGCUGCUCGCCGUCCAAGCCAUCAGGAAGUAUGGGCGGGACUUCCAGGCCAUCUCAGAUGUGAUUGGUAACAAGUCGGUGGUGCAGGUGAAGAACUUCCUGGUAAACUACAGACGCAGGUUUAACCUGGACGAGGUCCUGCAGGAAUGGGAGGCGGAGCACGGAAUGGAGGCGGUGGCAGGGGGAGGCGAGGAUGACAAGAUGGAGGAGAAAAUGGAGGCGUGUCCUACAGAGGAGGACGAGAUCACCCCUAAGCAGACCAGGGAGGAUUCGUCCUCUCCGCUGAACGCCAACAAGCCUCUGGCCUCCUGAGACCCUCCUGACCCUUUUAAUUCAGGGCCCCGCCCCCAGAUUUUAUGAUGUCAUUUGUUUUAUUAUACGAUGUUUCUCUUUGAUUUUCUUCAUUUAUAGAUCAGGUGUGGGGUUUGUUUUUUAACCUGCCGUUUGCCGCUUGCUCUGGACCAAUCAGAAGUCAGCCCUGACCUGUCAGUCAAAGUGGACGGAGCUUUUUGUUGCUUAUUUUUUACUUUUAAUCUUUUUUUUGUCUUUUAUGACUUCCUGUUUGAUGUGUUGGAGGGGGCGUCAAACUUAAACAGCCAUGUUGGAUGACAGUGUUCAGGAAAGGGGUGUGUCCAGACCUGAUGAUGUCAUCCUGUUUUGUUUUUUUUGUUUUGCUUUUUAUUUUAGGGCUUAUAGAGGAAAGACAAUAAAACCAAAGCUGAUCAGUAAAGUGA